GAAUCCGAUAAGGGCAAGUGAAAUUUCCCAAGCCUACUGCUGACUGACCAUUUCUUCCAAGAAGCAAAACCAAAAGUGCCUGAAAAUCAAAUCAAGAAAGAAGAAAGAAAUGCCUUUGAGUGCAACAAUGGUUGGAGCCCUAUUGGGAUUAGGCACCCAAAUGUACUCUAAUGCGCUUCGCAAACUCCCUUACAUGCGCCAUCCGUGGGAACAUUUAUUGGGUAUGGGAAUUGGUGUUGUGGCUGCUAAUCAGAUGGUGAAAUGGGAAGCUAAGAGUAAUGAAGAUCUUGAUAAAUUGCUUGAGAAAGCUAAACUUGCUAAUGAGCGUCGUUACUUUGAUGAUGAUGAAGAUUAAAAUUAUGGGUGGUCUCCAGAGAAUAUGUUGUUUGCUUAAGCAAUUUUUUAUCCUCUUUAUAAGGUUUGCAGUACUUUGAUCUUUGUAUCGGCGAAGAACACUUUGCAAUAAUCAUAUUUGAAUGUCUUGCAAAAUGUGUUCCCUAAUAAUGAGAUCAUCCAUAGUCUCCUAUGACUGUUUGGAUCAUUAUAUGUUACAAACCUCAAAUUUCUUUUAACUUAAAAAAAACAAACUCUCUUUUGCUUUUCUGA